AUGGCUGCUCAUGAAAAUGCAACAGCAGUUGAGAAGAAAGUUGAUGUGGUAGUAGAAGAGGCUGAGCCGAUUGCUGCGGCAAAAGUGAGCGUUAUCUGCAACAAUGAAAAGGGUUUAGUCAGCUACUCCAAGGAUUUUCGAACGAACGAUAAUGGCUACUUCUAUGCACAGCUUGAGGGCCUCCUUUCCAACGUCAACGAUGGAAUGUACGGCGCCCCUCUUCGAUAUGAGAAGAAGAGAUUGUUUGGGAAGAGUUAUGAGGCUGUGAUCUUUACUGCAGGCCCCUUGGCUUUCCGUCCAUCAAAUUGCCCUACCACAACUCAAGGAUAA